GUCAUACGUCACAGAAAUCAAAACAAUAAAUUCAACAGAUUUGAAAACGCAAUCUAGUUUGGUGAUUUGUGAUAUAUUUUCCUUCCUCAUUAUAUUGUGAAAGCGGGUCCUUCAAGCUAGAAAAUGGCACCAAUUCCAUUCAACAAUGAGCCGCCAAUAGACGAUGAAACAGAAGCCAGAGAACUUGCAAAACUUCUAGAAGCCGCCGAAGAAAUUGAAAAUCACAACGCACCACAGAAACCCACACCUAAACUCCGCGACGACCCAUCGUUCGGGCUAGACCUGACAAAUGUAUCUGCAUCUUUCUCUAACAAUAUUGCAGCUGGCAGCAAAUCCAUGAUUCCAAACGAAGAACUGGAUUCGUCAGAUGAGGAAGGGAUUCAAAAUUUUCUUGAUAGAAAAUACAACGAAUACGGGCGUGAAAUAAACAACAAACUAAAACAAGACCAAGCCGAGAAACACGAAGCAAGCAUAACUAAGUAUGUAACGAAAAGCUUCAGUGCAGCCCUGCAAAAGAGCGCUGUACAAGGUCAGACCAAAGAAAAUCGCCUUUCGCAGAAUUUUAACGAAAAGCCUGCUGUGAAACCUGUUGUUACCCCGUUGCCCAUAAGAGAAACCCCGUCGACACCGCAUAUAUCGGAUCCGAUAUUUGGGUUGCGAAUUGUCCGGCCUUUGGUGUCUGGUGCUGCCUUAAAAGAGCGAAUGGAGGGACGAACUCCAAUCAACAUGGCAAUGAUUGAACGCCACUUAGAACACGGUGAUUUGUCUAAAGAUUGGGUGAUAGCCGGGGUGGUGGUUAGUAAAAGCCCCGUGAAAAAGACCAAAAAGGGGGAUGGGUUUUCUAUAUGGAAAAUUUCAGACUUGAAAGGAGACAUCAAAACGAUAUCACUUUUCCUUUUUCGGGGCGCCCAUAAAGAUCUAUGGAAAACACCUGAAGGUACCGUUGUCGCAAUUUUGAAUCCCGGCGCUUUCGAUAAACGCAAGGAAAGCAACGAUGUAGCCUGUUUGACAAUUGAUACCGCUCAGAAGGUAAUGGUGCUUGGUCAGUCAAAGGAUCUGGGAACUUGCAGAUCGAGAAAGAAAAAUGGCGAGCCAUGUACAGCGAUUGUAAAUGUGACUGACUGCGAAUAUUGUAUCUACCACGUGAAGCAAGAAUUCAACAACAUGUCGAAACGAUCAGAACUGCAAUCGUCAACAGCAGGUCGCGGGCUUCAUGAUCUUCGAAAUAAAGUGUUGGGAAAGUCUGAAGUUUUCUAUGCUGGACGAUCAUUUACGGCGAUUCCUGCUAAGAAAAGUGCAAAACAAACUGCUAGGGAUGAGCAUCGCUUGAUGACACUGUCGGAGUACUAUCAGUCGCCGAACGGAAAUAAUGGAGUUGUCAGGAAAAAUGCAUCACCAUCGUAUGCAGGUCGCACAGGACCGGUGUCCAAGAUUGCCUCAACAGUUGAAUCAAAUGCCAAACAGCGCCAAAAAGAUUUAGAACGCUUAAAACUCCUCAACGGGUCCAUGGAUACCGAGAAAGAAAAGACUGAGGAGAGUCCUAAAACACAAGUAAACGUCCCGGAAAAAUAUCAAAAUCGAGAGUUCAGCUUCGGUAAGCUAACUCCAACAUUAAGUCAAGCUGCGUUCUCCUUUGAAAUAGACGUGGGUAAACAAAAUGCUAAUGUAGCCAAAGCGAAAGCAAUUGCCACCCUAAAGAAAAAUCCCAUUGUAAAAUCGGAUCCAAAUUUCAUAAAAUACCGUGGCACAGUACAAGGCAAAAAACGGGCUAUCGACAUCAUGAACGAGGAGAAGGACAACGAAGCAAAGCGUCGCAAGAUUGAAGAGACGGAGCGAAAAUCCCGUAUCCAAAGAAUAAUCGACGCGACUUCUUCUCACACGAACCUUAUAAAAUCCCGCGAGGACGAGGAACGUGAUAAGUAUUUCAAUAAGAUGGAGAAGAAAGAAGCCCUUGAAGAAAAAAUGUUGGGUACAUUCAAAAUAGCAUGUAAGGCUGUGAUUUGUAAGCAAUGUAAGUACACUGCCUUUUCGGCAGCAGAUCGUUGCAAGGAGGAGCGACAUCCUCUGAAAGUAAUCGAUGCCGAAAAGCGAUUCUUCGAAUGUCAGGAUUGCGGUAAUCGUACGGCAACGGUUCAUAAACUUCCGAAAAUGAGCUGCAAGAAUUGCUCAGGGUCGCGAUGGAAACGCGCCGCAAUGAUUCGAGAGAAGACAGUUGGACAAGGAAGAGACCUAUCCAUCCGUGGUGAUGAGGAGACAUUCAUUGGAUCAUUUUCUGGGGCACCUAGUCUUAAUUUAUUAGUUCCUGAUGAGGAUUAAUAAAUGUGUUUACAUGAAAAGUAGGACGAACAAAUGUAGGUUAGUGUUUAAGAAUAUUUUUGACUCAUUUUACGCAAUGAAUAAAUUGUUUCUAAACAUA